UCUGCUUCUGGAUCUCUGUUGAUUGUAGUUUCAGUCGUGAUGUGCUGCAUCUGCAAGAAAAGUAGAAAAACAGGUGUGUUUGGUGAGUCAGUGUCAGUGAGUGAAGGAGAUUCUGUCACUUUGCACACUGAUGUUACUGAAAUACGUAAAGACGAUGACAUACUGUGGAAAUUUGGAGCUAAAGCAUCCACCAUCGCUGAAAUCGAUACAGCUCAUGAAAUCUUCUCCACAUUUAAUGGUACUGAUGGGAGAUUCAAAGACAGACUGAAGCUGGACAAUCAAACUGGAUCUCUGACCAUCACAAACAUCACAACUCAACAUGCUGGAUGUUAUGAACUAGAGAUAAUGGGAGCAAAAUGGUCAUCAAAAACAUUCAACAUUUCUGUCUAUGCUCGUCUGCCUGUUCCUGUGAUCAGCAGUAACUCUUCACAAUGUUUAUCAUCAUCAUCAUCAUCAUCAUCAUCAAAUUGUUCAUUGUUGUGUUCAGUGGUGAAUGUGAGUGAUGUGAGUCUCUCCUGGUACAAAGGAAACAGUUUAUUGUCCAGCAUCAGUGUGUCUGAUCUCAGCAUCAGUCUCUCUCUACCUCUGGAGGUGGAAUAUCAGGAUAAAAACACCUACAGCUGUGUGAUCAACAAUCCCAUCAGCAACCAGACCACACAUCUGGACAUCAGCAAACUCUGUCACACAUGUUCAGAUCAGGGUUUACCUUCAUUAGACAAAGUGCUGAUUUCUGCUGCUGGAUCUUUGUUGAUUGUAGCUGCAGUCGUGAUGUGCCGCUUCUGCUGGAAAUGUGGUAAAACAGGUCAUGAGAGCAUGCAAUUCAUCUGAUAUGUAUGAUAUGUGAAGAGUUCAGAUUCAAAAGCCUCUAAAUGCUGACUGAAAUUUUCAUCUAAAUUGUGCAUUUUAUAAGGCUCCUAUGUUUAGGUUCAGUAAUUUCACUCUAAUGGCAAUGU